AUGGCGAUUGUGUCUGGCUCCUGUGCCAGGGUGAACGGCUCUAGAAACGGCCCAUCCGUGUCGGCUGCGCCCUCUGGGUCCGUCGGACAGUCACAGCCCAUGAUAGCGGUAUGGGAAUGGCAGGAUGACUUGGGUUACUGGCGGCCUUACAGCGGCCAAGUGAGCGCCUACAUCGAGCGGUGUUUGGCACCGCGGGGCCAGAGAGGAGGAGGACCCGGCUCUACGAGCAUCUGCCUAGGACAAUCAGACCCCAGCCUGUCGCCCUAUCUCAUUGACAUACCGAGCUUGAAACAGUUUCGACAGGACACGGGAAAGACGCGCUCAGUACGUCGGUCUCUCUUUGCCCAAUCCUCAGGCCUCGGUAGCGGUGUUUACUGGGAAUGGGCUAAUGAUGAGGGAGGAUGGACUCCCUAUGAGACUCGAACCUCAAUCCUUUUGGAGCACAGCUAUCAAGCUCGACAAGGCACCGCAGACCUGGGUCCUCAUGGAUACAAUUACAUAGUGGACCUCACAUCUCUAGCCCAAGUUAACAAAUCCACCGGUUUCAGGCGGCAAGUGCGACGUCAGUGCAGCCUCCCGUACCCGCUGGCCUCCUCUGGCCCCCCGGCCAUUCCCUCAGGCCCUGCGUGUUCCUGCCAGCAGUGCCUGAGCCACAGCAGCACAGGACCCAUGCCCAGCCGUUCACGACAUUCCUUUUCCUCGGGGAGUCUGAACAGGCCUAGCCUCCAAGGGACAGGGAGGGCUGCAGCAGCUCACCCCACGUCUGUCUACUCCCCAUACCCUAGAAGACCCCUCUCUGUUGGAGGAAUGUCGUGGGGCAGCCCCUGGCCUCCACCACCCUCUGGCAGUCAACUGUCUUCACCACUUCUGCCCAAUACGACAAGUUCAAAUGGGUUAAGUGUUCCUUCCAUCCCUGUGCAACUGAACGGAUCUACCAGCGUGAGCUCUGCCCUUGCAGGCAUGGCCUCCAUUUUGAUGUCAGCAGUGGGACUCGGCGUUCACUUCACCACUGCCCCCCUCCCUCAGCAGCAGCCGCCACAGCAGCAGCCACAGCAGCAACCUGCUCCUUUCUCUCUUCCUCCUCCUCUCCUCCCCCCAGCCAGCAGGAGCUGCAAGCCCCCCAGCAGCAGCAGCAGUUCAGUUAGAAGAGCAAAGAGGCAGCACAGGAGAGCCUCAGCUCAGAGACCCGAGGAGGUGAUUCAGCGCUACAUGGAGGUAGUAGCUGGAGUGCCAGAUGAGGACUGUAUUAUCUGUAUGGACCAACUUUCCAAUCCAUCCAGCUACGAAACACAGUCCACAGAAGAGGGAGCACAAAGCAUCCAGCCAGAGACUGUGGGGAAAUUCAUCAAAUGUGGCCACACCCUGCAUAUGCUCUGCAUGCUGGCCAUGUACAACAACGGAACAAAGGAUGGCAGCCUGCAAUGCCCCUCGUGUAAGACAAUCUAUGGAGAGAAGACCGGCAGCCAGCCCAAAGGCAAAAUGGAAAUUUACAGCAUUGCCCAGUCACUGCCAGGACAUCCAGACUGUGGCACGAUUCAGAUUAUCUACAGCAUACCACCUGGCAUACAGGGCCCAGAGCAUCCCAACCCCGGACAACCAUACACAUGUAGAGGCUUCCCUCGCUUUUGCUUUCUACCAGACAAUGACAAGGGCCGGAAGGUUUUGGAGCUGCUGAAGGUGGCGUGGAUGCGGCGUCUCAUUUUUACUGUCGGUACAUCUAGCACCACCGGAGAGCCCGACACUGUGGUUUGGAAUGGCAUCCACCACAAAACCGAAAUGAUGUCCAACUUGUCUGGCCAUGGCUACCCUGACCCAAACUAUCUGGACAAUGUUCUGUCUGAGCUGGCGUCUCAGGGCGUGACAGAGGACUGCCUCAAACCCCCAGGUGGCAGCAGCAGCAGCAGCAGCAGCUAGGUCGCAGCUCUGAACGUCAUACACUUUCACUGCUGACCACUAAGUUAACCCUUCAGAAUCCACCUCAGCGACCAGGUAGCGCGUCUGACAACUGUUCGUUACUGGCUUCAUGUCAGCGCCAAGCGUCCAGAUGUCAUUGACUGAGGUAAGGGGAGACAUGAGCAGAAUAAAAAAAACAACAACAUCCAAACUCCCUGGAAGGCUGCACAGUGGUGCCGAGAACAGUUCCUGCACCGCAGUUCAUGAUCAUCACCCUAUAACUGGAAACUGAGCUCAGAGACCAAUGGCACUCCCUGUAACUCUAAGCCUAUUUAAUCAAACCUUCACUAACUGGAGAUUGUGUUUUUUUGUUUUGUCUUUUUCCAUCAAGCCUCAUUUAUAUCCCCUUGUCCAGUUACCAUGAGAACGGCAGCUCACAAUGGGGAUAAAAAUCUCAUUAAGCACUUUAGUUCUGACAGUGCAUUUAGCUGAGGUGUGUGCGUGUGUGUAUGAAAUUCCGGUAAAGGGCAGUUAACUUGUUUUCAAAUUGGGAAGUUAUGCAAUUGAAGUGUUUCUGCUGAAAACAUUUGUGUUUAGCACAACAACACACUGAAACUUUAGUAGCAACCUGGGUAUAUAUGAGAAGGGGCAAUACUUUACUGUUGUAAAUAAAGAACAUGAAUGAAACACUACUGUAAAAAUAGACAGGUUGUGUCCACAAAUACCACUUAAGGAGGAGAAAAUUGUGUAUUUUUUACCAUUACUUUUACUAAUUUGACCACGUGUUGUCGUAUUAUAUUCUGUAACCUACUUUAAUUAGCAGUCGUCUAAUGAAUUCACAUAGAUUUUGUUUUUUUGCCCAUGGGCAUUCUGCAAGUAUUGUUUUUGUCAUUGAUAUGUAAGUUUGUAUUACCAUGUGUUUCAGAAGGGAUGGGGUUGAAUCAUAUAUAGCUUGAUGACCUCAGUCUAUUUGCCCAAACAGACGGGACAGGACAGUAUGGAAAGGAGAAAAAAAACUUUGCUGAAGAAAAUUUCAGUGUGACAAUCAAGGUCAUCUUGAUCAAACAAGACGUGUGAAGCUACAGCUUGUCUGUCAGCUGCCAACUUGCCUCCUGUAUUCACUCUCAUUAUUCUGCUCACAAUACUGCAGUACAGCCCCAGAACUUGUAUACAAGCAAACCUGGAAAAAAUAAAAUGUCUCUGCAAUAAAGAAAUAAGGCAAAUGAA